AUGUCUAACAGCGUUGCUCCAGAGGCUGUAAUCCCUAUCGAGGCGACACUUAUGGCCUUGGCCAUAUUCUUGGCUUCUGGUCGACUGGUUCCCCGCCUUUUACAACGACAGUAUCCUACUGUUAGCGACAGUCUCCUGAUAGCGUCUAUCCUGGAUGCCAUCGGCCUUUUCGUCACCGACUACCUGACGUACAUAUGGGGUGGCAUGACGGAUGAUGCAGAGGCAUCGACAGCUCGUGUGAUUGCUCUCAAGAAAGUGCAAUUCGCCGGCAAUGCAUUCUACGACACUGGCAUCUACUGGCCAAAGUUGGCAAUUCUCGCGCUAUACUAUAGGCUCAUCCCUCCGACGAUGCCGUGGUUGCGAAAAGCACUUUACGCAGUGACCCUUUUCACUGCAAGUGCCAUGGUAUCAACAUUCUUUCUCGACACUUUCUGGUGCGGGCGCCAGGUUUCUUCGAAUUGGUCCCCUGAUGAGGCAGCCUGUAAUACCUUCAGCUCCAAAGAGGUUUUCAGGAUCGACUGGAGCCUUAAUAUCACCUCCGAUGUGUUCAUCUUCGCGUUGCCAUUCCCCCUACUUCGUUCACUACAGCUCCGGCGUCGCCAGAUCUGGGGUCUUGUAGCGACAUUCUCACUUGGUAUCGUCACGAUAGCAAUGAGUGUGCUUCGAUUCGCAACGAUAGAGGUCAUAUAUGCCUGGACCAACGUCUACGUCCUUUCCAUGACCGAAAUGGCCGUCGCCAUCAUGGUAGUCUCAUUGCCGUCGAUGAGAUCUUUCCUACGACGCGGCAGUCUCUUCUCCUCGAAUAAGAAAUCGCACUCUUCUGGGUCUCGCACAUAUGGACAUCAAACACCAGCAUCCGGGUCGCACAACUUUUUGCGUCCUUCCAGAAGAGGCAAGCACACCGCCCGCGUGCACACCGAUGAAGACUCGGGCAGCGAAGUAGAGCUGAACACCAUGUCAAGGAAAGAUGUCAUCUACGAGACGCGUCGCGUUAGCGUGCAGUUUUCAAAGUCGCCUGAUGAGGAACACGAGAUUUCUGCCAAGUACCCAUGA